CAAUGACCCUGAAAAAGAACCACGGAGCCCGCUCCGAUUCUCAAGGUCGUUUGGCAAAUUCUGUCUAGACGAACCAUUCAAAAUCAGCUACAGAAACCAGCUAAAUCAUUUUCACACAUACAACCAACUAAUUUCCGCUAUAUAUGGCGCUAAGGUCUGUUGCCAAAUUUUCGCGCAUCGCUAAUAUUGGUUCACUAUCUUUAACUCAAUUUUGUCAUCCCAUACAGUCACCAGUGCAAACUUGUUUCAGUAUACGUCUCAAUUCUAAACUUAGUACAGGAAACACUGAGGAGUCUACAAUUCCAAAGGAAAACGACGGUGAUAAUGAAGGUCUAAAGGUUGAAAUGCAACAGCUUACUGAGAAAUACAGUGAACUAGAAGACAAAUAUAAGAGAGCCCUGGCUGAAUCAGAAAACAUGCGUAAGCGUCUAACAAAGCAGAUAGAUGAUGCCAAAUUGUUUGGAAUUCAAAACUUCUGUAAAGACUUGCUAGAGGUUGCUGACAUUCUCACAACUGCUACUGAGUCAUCUCCCCAAGAUCAAUUAGAAGAGGGAGUCAACCCUUCCUUCACUAAUUUGUAUAAUGGACUGAAAAUGACAGAAAUGCAACUGUUUAAGGUUUUCGCACGCCACAGUUUAGUUCGCAUAUCCCCAAAAGUCGGUGAAAAUUUUGACCCAAACCUUCAUGAAGCCGUUUUUCAAGCUCCUGUGGAGGCAGGAAAAGAGAAGAAUACUGUCGCAGUUGUCACUAAAGUGGGAUACACGCUACACGGACGUACUCUCAGACCAGCUUUCGUAGGCGUAUUCGGUCCUUAAAACGAGCAGAAAACCAAACAACUAGCAAUACUGUUUGUUUCAUAAUUGUACUAUCUGAAGUAUGAUAUAAAAUUGAUCUACAUUGUUCAGUUUUCAAUCACAUUGAUGAUUACCGUGGUCAUCCUACGUAGAGGUGUUUCUAGAAUGGCCACUUGUUUUUGCCUUAUUUUUUCUAAUGUUUGGUUACCUAAUUAAAGUAUCAGAUAUCGGAUAGUUGGUUCUGAGUAAUUCAGUUCAGAAGCGCUACUUUAAAUAUGGGGCAAUUCUGUAUAAAGGGAUGUUAGUGCUUUUACAGCAUUUAGUGGGAAAUCUUCAUUUUAUAUGAUGACUUUUACAUUUUAGCGAAGAAAACACUGUCUAA